GAGUGCUAAGUCCCAGACCCUCUACAGCCCCUGCGUCCUGAGUUCGCUUCCUGGCGCCAGAUGAUGGGAGCUGAGUCGGAAGAGGCAAACGACAGCCCCCUUGAGCGGGCCCUAGCACCCCCUGAGGGGCCAGUGGACGCCCUAUGCCCCACCCCGCAGGAACAGGCAGAGCAGCAAAGGGAGAGGUUGAAAAUUGGUGGGGGCCUAGCCUUUUGCUUCUUCAUCGGGAUUGGGGGAGGGGUGCACCCCACUUGUCACCCCUGUCCCUACCAGAGCCGUAUGGUGGAAGAACAGUCAGGUCCCUUAUUACCUGUGCCUGCGCCUCCCUGCCUCUCCUGUUUUUCUUUAGUCUCCCCCAGAGGUGUGGGGCUGGGACCUGGGGGGAAGGUCCCCAGGGCAUCUGUGAUUCUCCUCUCCCUUGGCUUGGCUUGAUCCUAAGGUUCCCCCGGUUUCAGCACACCCUCAGCACCCCCCCGGGGCCUGAGUGGCAGUGGAGACUGCUAUGCAUGGGAGUGGGGUGGGGGUCUGGUCUUUAUUUUAGGGGGCUGCUGAUGGAGGGCAAGGCUGGACUGAGUUGGGCCUGGUGAGGUGGUGGGGAGGGCCUAGCGGCCUGCUCCUCAGGAAAGGGCUAAGCCCUGUGCCAGUUGUUAAGCUGAGAAGUUUUAACUUGUUUGGUGAACGUUCAGGGCUCACUCUACCCCCCACACCCCAAAGAGACAAAAUGGAAGGGGAAGGAAGGCGGCCAGAGAGAGCUACUUAGACUUUUCCAAUGCCUGCCUGAGAAAGGAGGCCCCUCGCGGAGCUGGUUUGCCUUCUUUUGUGUCCUGGUUUGAUUCCUUAUGGCUUCCGUUCUGUUCCCCCUCUCAGCCUGGCCUGUUUUAGGAAACUCAGGCUGAGAGUAUCAGCUGUGUGGUGGUGGUUGCAUUGUUCCAAUUACCGCUGUGUGUGGCCACAUCCCAACAAUUAAAAUGCAGAAAAACACAAACUCACUCUCUUCACUUGAUCCCAGAGAGGGCUGUUUGGCCACAUGCCUCAUGAAAAGCUCGAAAGAGUUUGCCUCACCCCCUCUCCUCAUGGCUGGUCAGCUUGAGGCCUAGGGUCUCUGGGGUAAAAGCCUGCCUUCAGGUUCCCCCUCUCGUAGCUCCUUGAGGGCAGAGUUAAGAAAUCAAGAGCAGAAGUGAUAUUGCCACGGGAACAUAGGGGAAGCAACUAAAGGCAGCUCUCAGGAAGCUAGGACUGUGUUCAGGGUGUAAUAAUUAUGCAUGAAAACGAUAGUUAACUGUAAUGAUGAUUGACUUCUCUGGCACCUUUUCCCCAAAGAACUCCCAAGUAACAUUCAAAUGUAUUCGUUUUUGCCCUUCCUUGUGUUUUGUGGCCCUCCUCCUGAGGUGGGACUGGAAUAGGAUGAUUUUUUUUCUUUUUUCCAAAAGUAGCGUGAUCUGCCCCCAAGGUCACAGCAGAGCCCUCUUGGGCUUCUGUUGGUACCCAGCCAGAAAGAUAGACUCUAUUGCCUUCUUCAUCUUAAUGAUAUCAUCGCUUCUGGCAUCCCGAGGCCUUGUAGAGUAACAAACAGGAGGGGGUGAGAAACGGCAGCCUAUGUGGACUCCUGAUUUGUACAGGCCAGAUGGUAUGCUGCUUGUACAUUUUUCACAUUGCAUGUUAUAUCCUUCCUGCUAUAGUUUACGAUUAUUCUGCCCGUUUUACAUAUGGGUAAUCUGAGGCCAAGGCAGGUUCAAGGAUUUGCUGAAACUGUGCGGAAGUUGGAUCGAAAUUUAGAUUCUUGAUCCUUUGUUCUCCCUACUAGCCAAAACGACGUGCAUCAUCUGGUGAAUUGUCUGCCUGCUGGUCAUUUUGGGGAAUGGGCAGAACAAAAUGAUGGUGACACUAGGCUAACCUUCCCAUUUCCUUGAGCAAGGCCCCUUGGGCAACUGUGUAGACUUGAAGCCUGCCCUCUGAUGAAUUGGUUUGCUUCUAUUAGAAAUUGCCCCUAGAAAUUAAUCAAGAAGAGCAUCUUACUUGUGUUCAUGGUCCUUGAGUUAAACACUUUGUUGAAUGAAAUCAUAGAGGAGGAGUUGUUACUGUUGUUUUAAUAUCUGUAGAGUUGAAAUCUGAUGAGAAUUACCCUGUUAGCAGUCCUUUAUCCUAUUCCCAUUUUACCAACAAUUGCACACAGUAUCUGUUGGGAAACAAUUAUAUAUAUAUAUAAAUCAGCUGGCCAGGCUAAGGGAGGAUUUACAAUCCUGUUUAUUCUGACUGGUCUAAAGCAGAAAGUCAUUCUUACAAGCAGCAUUCCCUCAUUAUUCUAUAGUCUAGGAGAAGGGUGUUCUACUCUCUUUGGACUCUGGCUGGAAGAUUAAGAAAAUAUUGAGUUAAUCAGGAUAAGAAUUAACUAUUUGGGCAUCCCUUUAUUUUCUUUCAGCUUUCUGUGUUGCUGGGGUUCUGGGUAGACUCAACCAAGCAUGAACCAGGUUAGGAGUGGCAAAUAGGUUUCAACUUGCUUGUCAACUCCAGUUCGGAUUACUGGCUCUUUAGAGUGCCAAGUUCAAAUGUUUUUUGAGGCUAUGUUCUGAGACUGUUUAGACUUAGCAGGAAAAAGCUGUGAUCAAUUAAUAAUGUCUGCCAGAGUCAUAGGGGUGCUGUGGUAUGUGUGCCAUGCAUUUUCCAUCUCUAGACCAGGUACAUCUCUAAUAUCACUUGGGGCUGGUCCCUCUGUAAUUGGCAGACUCAGCAGGCAUGACUGGAGAGGGAAGUCCCAAUGGUGCUAGAAUGGUGCUGCAGUGGCAGAAGACGGCUCACGAGUGAGGUCUGGAAGAACGACAGGGAAGACAUCCAUCAUUUGCUCCAAAGUGUGCAAGUCAAAUCCUGGGGAGAAUCAUGAUAACCCUGAUCACUGAGCAACUACAGAAGCAGACUCUGGAUGAGCUGAAAUGCACACGCUUCAGCAUCAGUCUGCCUUUGCCUGAUCAUGCAGACAUAUCCACCUGUGGGGACCCUUUCCAGCUUGUGUCUGAAGGUGCUUCCUGGAGGGGCCUGCCCCACUGUUCCUGUGCCGAGUUCCCUGACAGCCUCAACCUCAGCUACCAUUCGUCUGGCUUGAGCCUGCACCUCAGACUACCCAGCCGGGGAAGCUCCCCACAGGAGCAGUCCCUCCCCCAAGUCCUAAGUCCUGAGCCCCCAGACCCAGAGAAGCUUCCUGUGAUCCCCACCCCUCCAUCCAAGAGGCACUGCCGCUCACUCUCAGUGCCCGUGGACCUGUCUCGCUGGCAGCCGGUGUGGCGGCCCGCCCCCUCCAAGCUGUGGACUCCCAUCAAGCACAGGGGCAGUGGUGGAGGGGGCGGGCCGCAGGUGCCUCACCAGAGCCCUCCGAAGCGGGUCUCCAGCCUCAGGUUCCUCCAAGCUCCCAGUGCCUCUUCUCAAUGUGCCCCAGCCCACAGACCCUAUAGCCCCCCUUUCUUCAGCCUUGCCCUAGCCCAAGAUUCUUCUCAACCCUGCGCUGCCUCCCCACAAAGUGGUUCCUGGGAGAGUGAUGCUGAGUCCCUGUCACCUUGCCCACCCCAGCGCCGCUUCUCCCUGUCACCCAGCCUGGGCCCACAGGCCAAUCGCUUUCUACCCUCUGCCCGGAGCUCUCCCGCAUCCUCCCCGGAGCUGCCCUGGAGACCCCGAGGCCCCCGGAACCUUCCCCGGAGCCGCUCCCAGCCUUGUGAUUUGGAUGCCCGAAAAGCUGGAGUCAAGCGGCGGCACGAGGAGGACCCCCGACGGCUGCGACCUUCCUUGGACUUUGACAAGAUGAAUCAGAAACCGUACUCAGGAGGUCCCUGUCUCCAAGAUGCAGCCCAGGAAGGCAGCAGCGUUUCUCCGCCGUGGUUCAUGGCCUGUAGCCCCCCACCCCUCUCUGCUUCUUGCAGCCCCGUUGAGGGUUCUUCCCAGGUGCUGAGUGAGAGCGAAGAGGAGGAGGAAGAGGGGGCCGUGCGGUGGGGGCGACAGGCUCUAAGUAAACGGACACUGUGCCAGCAGGACUUUGGGGACCUGGACUUGAAUCUCAUUGAGGAGAACUAAAACUGAGAGGCACCUUCCUGGGGCCACACAGACUGACUCUCUUAUGGCUACUAACAAGUGUCGAGGCCCCGAGGCCGUGGGCCCAGCCUGGGAACGGGGGUGAGUGGAGGGCUCCGACUCAGGGCAGCCGGAAAUCUUCUCGCUCCUGGAAGUGCGACCAUGCCGAGAGACUGGCUGGGACAAGAUAAACGGAGCUGGUGGCGGGAGGGACAGCCCCAGAGCAGACCCUUUCCAUGGCGGCCCUGAGAGUGAGUAUCCCUGCCCCUGAGAAAGUGAUGGGCAGGGAAGGAAGGGGUCUGCUGACCCCAGCUCGGGGAAUUUCACUAGCCCCUUUGCUUCAAAGGGCACUGUGUCUUAGAAUUUGGCCAGGGUGGGGGGGGUUCAGUCAGCCUCCUCUGAGGAAUUGUGUGAGAGUGUGUGUGUGCAUGGGCGUUUGUUCAAGUCAAGGUGUGUUUGCAGAGCCUUAGGGAAGGAAGGCUUUUGCUCCUUCACAGCAGAGCAUCCUGAUACCCCAGGAUCCUGCCUUUUCACCUGACAGUAGGCUUGCAUAAGGAGUUAAGAGGGCACCAAGUUUUCCUUUUUUUAUAAAUAGCUCUGGAGCCAGGCUCGUAAUCUGCAAGCCUUCCCUACCCCCCCACCCCCACCCCCACCCCCCGGGCUCUGCAAAGGACUCUGUUUUGGGUCCCUGAAGUGCUAUGAUCUCAGCUAAUGGACUUUGCCUCAUCCCCUACCCCUUAGGUGGAUGUUGGAUUUAGGGGUUGGAGGGGAGUUUCCACAUUUGGAGCUGGCCUUUUUUUCCCCUUAGCAGAUUGCCUCAGCUACACGUAUCCUGCCUCUGUCACUUUUGAAGGAGAGUCAGGCACCUGUGGGCAACGGAGGCCGUUAUGAAGGGCUCCAUCCUGCCCUUCCCCUCUGACCUUGGAGGGCAUGGGAAAGGGAGGAAGGCCUAGUAUUGGUUCCAGGCUCCCCAGGAGGCAGACGUGCAGUAGGAGAUACCAUGUUCAGGCCUCACUGGUCCGGGUGAACUCAUCCCAUCACUGCCCUUUAGAAGCAGGCUGGGAAAAGCCUAUUUGUGUGGGAUCCAGGCCCAACCUCUUUUUGGACCUGCUUAAGAAAUGGGUGUCAGCAUUUACUAGUUUGCUUGUCUUCCACUCUUGCCAGGAAAUGUUUAUUUGACUCUAAUUGGCCCUGAGAGACCACAGGGAGCUUGGGGCUCACUAAGGGACUGGCCGAGGAGGAGCACAGCAAAGGCUGUGAGGAGCAGUUGGGAGUUUGUUGUUGUCGGAUUGGGUUUCCUUUUUUUUUUUUUUAAAGUUUUCCACCCACAACGUGAGCCAGGGCAGCAGGUCUCAGUGGCCACGGUGACACCGUGAUAGGUGUCAGAACUGCAGUCACCAUGCGAGGGCUGGCACGAGUGGAAAGGUAUACUGAAGCUACCACUCGGUUGUGGUUGCUGGUGAGGCUUUAUCCAGCUUUGGUUAAACCUUGCAGGACCAAAUUGGACCUGCUUCUCCUGGUGAUUCGGAGAAAAACCAUUCUCUUCUCACUUUCCAGGGUGUGUUAGGACCCCUUGUGCUAGGGGGAAAAGACUAAGAUCUCUUAAUUUCUUCCUUGUGGAGUUGAACCUGGCAUUUUCUAGGUCUCAAAGAAGAGCAGCAAGGAGGCUCCUGCCUCCUCGCCUGCACUACAGAGGAGAGAGGUGGCCAUGUCUUCUUGCGCUUCUGCCACUCGGAGGCUCUACCCUUCCAGGGCUCUUCUCCUACUAGUUACCACACACAUUACCCAGGGGCCACCGGGUCUGGGGGCACGCCUGAGAGAACUGCUCUGAAGAAUCCAGGGAAACUGAGCCUAGGAGUUGACCAUCCUCAGUUUCAUUUCUUCCCUGGCUCUUCUCCCACUUCGGGCCAUAAUCCAGGCCAUAAUUUCCCUGGUGCCAGCUGCUUUUCUCCUGGGGCACCCUCAUCCCUGGACUCUGCUGCAGAUUGGCUGUGCCAGCUUCCAUUAGGCCACUGGCAAUGCCAGGGGGUCCUCUGCAGGCCCUAAGCUAAAGAAGUGAAGGCAGUGACCUCUGCCUCCAUCCUGGCUUCCCCCAAAGCCUAGGGCAACCUCCUUAGGGGAGAAAGUCUAUAGAGGCUGUAGUGAAUUCCAUUUAAGACUGGAAAGUUAAACUGGCCAGCACUUAUCAUCUUGCUUCCCAGUCUAAGCGCCCUCACCUUUGGGACAAGCCUUUUCAAGAAGUGGUUCAUUUUGCUUUACACAAUAGAUCUGUUUCAACAGUUCUGUGUAAACCAAAUGCUAUUUUUCAAUGCAUUUGGACUGCUGACCAUUUAAAAGCAGCCUAUGAUUGCUUUUUUUGUAAAGCAAGCAACCUCCCUCUACCUUAGCUGUUUUGACUAUUUGGAUUUUCACAUACUGGGCUUACCCAGAGCAGAGCACACCUCUCCAGGGCUGUGGUUGAUGCUGGGUAGCCAUCUGCAUCUGUGCUGUGUGUGUGGUGUGGCUGACCAGUAGGUGAGUAUUCCUGCGUGCGUGAGUGAAGCCACUCCCAGGCUGGUGCUCUCCUCCUGUGCCCGGUGACUGCCCAGUGGCAGCUCCAGCUGCCCUUCACUCCCACCUGCUGCCAAAGUCCCUGUGCUAAUGGGAUUACAAAUACAAAAAGUGAAAAAACAAAAAAAUUUUUCGUAAACUUUGUUUUAUAUUAAAAAAAAAAUCCAUAAGUCUGUGUGUGUUAAACAUGAGGUCCUGCCUCUGUGGCUGUGUUUGAAAAAAUAAAGUUUUAUUAGAAUAACCCAUUUUCCCAAUCAA